AUGGCGCCUGGAGGAGACGCGCCAACGCGUGACAGCUCAUCUCCCGGUCUCUCCUCGCCUCCCUCCGGCUCCCUAUCCGAACCCGGCUCACCACUCAAACACAUCAACCACCACAGUCGAACCAGCAUGGAUAUGGACGAGAUCAUCGUCGACCCCUCGCAGCCCAGGUUUGGCGUUGCACCACCCACAACACCCCAGCCCGAAGUCCGCCUCACAGCAGCGGGCCUGCCGAGGAAGAAGCCCGGCCGCAAACCUGGCUCGACCUUGAAGCCUAAGAACCCCGAUGACCCGCCCAAGGUUCGAAAGCCCAGGAAGCCCAAAGACCCCAACGCCCCGCCCAUUCAGCGAAAACGCAAGUCCGCCCCUGCCCAGGAUGAACCGGUCGAACCUGCCGACUCCAAGUCCCUCGCUGCUUCCGCUUCUGCCUCUGCCUCUGCCUCUGCCUCCGCCUCUGCCUCCGCCUCGGCUUCCUCAUCGCGUCAACAUCGCAUCUCCGACAUCGUCGACAUUGACUCGGCCGAUUCGGGAACCCGCACACCGUCGGCCCAAGACUACGUCUCCCAAAAGGCCCCCAAGCGGGAAGAGCUGCCGAGGUCGAUGCAGAGCAUACUCAACUCCGACCCGGAGCCUCUGUCGAGGCACCCCUCCAACGGAAGCACGACGCUGCCCACGCGAACGAGCGGCCAGAGCUAUGACCCCAUCCGCGGCAACUACGACCCCGUGCGAGGCAUUUUCGGCAACGCCACCUCGCCACGGCCGCCGACAUCCACCCUCAACCGCGCCAGCGCGUCGCCCUCGAUCGCCAGUCUCGUCGAGCCUGUCCGCGGCGUCGCCGCCUCGCCCUCCCAACAACAGUCCUACCAGCAGAACCACGCGCAAUCUCGCGUCGAGUCGGCCCCCACAUCGCCCCUCUACCACCACGCCCGCCCUGCGCCCCAGCCCAUGGCCAAGCCCGCGCCGCCCGACGCGACGAAAGCGACCGCAGCACCGCCUUCCGUCUCGGCCGGCAAGUCGGAGCCCAAGUCCCGCGAAGUCCCCUUGGCCACCGGCAUCACGGCGCUGAAAAAGGCGAACAAGGCCAAGUCGAGCACGGCAGCCUCGUCACCGAAGAACACGAUGGACGACCCGACGAUCCUACCGACCGACACGAACCGCUCGAUUCUCGACUUUGGCAAGGCGGAGCCCGGCAAGGACUUCCAGGCGCCCUCGAUCGUUCUGCACAUUCCCCUCCAGGUGGGCGAGACCAACAAGUAUGUCAACUUUAUGCGCGAAGCCGAGGAGCGCUACGGCUGGGACGCACUGCAUCCACGCGUCGCCGCGCAGCGCGACCGCAAGGCACGCAUCGCCGCGGCAUCGGCGGCGCUCGAGAAGACGGCGUCAGGGCAAGAGUCGGGCGACGACGCCUCGUCCGACUCGGACAACGAGGCGAGCAAUGCCGAGAUGGGCGGCAUGACGAGCGGGCAGGACGUCGUGGCACAGCCCAAGAAGAAGAAGAGGAAUUUCAAGGAGGACCAGUACGACAAGGAGGACGACUUUGUGGACGACUCGGAGAUGCUCUGGGAAGAGCAAGCUGCCGCGAGCAGGGACGGCUUCUUCGUCUACUCGGGACCGCUGGUGCCGGAGCCCGAGAAGCCUGCCACGAGACCAGAUGGACUGCCGAAGCGUGGACGUGGCAGUCGCGGCGGGCGCGGCAGCCGGGGCGGUUCGCGCGGCAACCGCGAGGGCGGCGAGGGCAGCACGCGCGGUGGCGGACCGGGGUCGCGCGGCGGCCCGGGAUCGCGCGGCGGGCGCGGGUCUCGAGGCGGCGCGCUCACGAGGAAGCCGCGCAUCACAAAGUCGGAGAAGGAGCAGCUCGAGAGGGAAAAGGCCGAGAGGCAACGGGUGGCCGAGAUGAACGCCAAGGGAAGCGGCAGCUACGUGUUUCAGCCGCAGACGCCGUCGCUCGCGGUCGGGACGGCUGGCGCAUAG